AAAAGUAUUUGCAUUAAAAUGAUACUUAAAGCAUCAAAAGUAAAAGUACUCGUUAUGCAGGAUGAGCCAUUUCAGAAUAAUAUAUAUCAUCACUGGAUUAUAAUUAUUGAUGCAUUGAUUGUGUUCAUCACUCAUUUUAAUUACUUUAUGCUGCUCGUGAGUUUACCCCUGAGGAUCAAUAAAGUCUUAUCUGUAUCCAUAAUAAAACAUCAUCAUUUAUUUGUUGAUUAUAUUUCAUAUUAUUAAUCCCAAUCUAUAAAGUAACCAUCGUUAUAAAUGUAGUGGAGUAAGAAGUACAAUAUUUACACAGUUAAUGUCUGACUGUAUGAGUGUUGAGUGUGUUUUAAGGUCACGACCGAGUCACAGCUGACUCUGUGCGUGUGUUGAGCCUCAGAAUCCCAGUUAAAACUUAAGUAAAGUCACGUUACUGUCAGUGGGGGCAUGACGCAAAACCAGACUCCACCAAAAGAAAAAAAAUCCCAGAAUCCUGUUCAGGAAUGCCAACACACACACACACACACACACACACACACACACACGCAUAUUUCUACAACACUGUAGCUCCAUUGGUUGCUGCUGAUGAAUGGACGAGUUAUCGACCAAUCAGGAGCAUGUGACCGGUGAAUAUGUAGGCCGAUCGGCAUCAGCUGGCAUCCGCACUCAGACUGUCAGUCCCUCCAUCACACACACAACUAGUGACAGAGGCUGUUACAGAAACACACACACACACAUCUCAUAUUCAUCGUAAUCAUCAUCAUCGGUCAUCUGUCAUCCAUCCAUCAUGCACAGCAAAGAACAAAUCAGUCAUGACGAAUACCAGAAGACAGCUGAUUGGCUGAUGUCUCAGACGAAGCACCGCCCCCAGGUGGCGAUCAUCUGUGGGUCCGGACUGGGCAUGCUCGCCGACACCCUCAAGUGUCAGGACUCCUUCGCUUAUUCUGACAUACCGGGCUUCCCACAGAGCACAGUUGAGGGUCAUGCAGGUCGGCUGGUUUUCGGGGAGCUGAAGGGGAAGACGUGUGUGUGCAUGCAGGGUCGCUUCCACAUGUACGAAGGACACUCACUUUGCAAGACCACGUUUCCAGUCCGAGUCUUCAAGCUGAUGGGGGUGGAGACUCUGAUCGUGACGAACGCCGCCGGCUCAUUGGCCGACGGCCUCCAGCCUGGUGACAUCAUGAUCAUCAAAGACCACGUCAACUUCCCCGGAUUGGUUGGUCUGAACCCGCUGUGCGGACCCAACGACGACAGGUUCGGGCCUCGUUUCCCGGCCAUGUCAGGUUGCUAUGACAAAGGCCUUCGUUGCCAAGCGAUGGAGAUCGGCAAGCAGCUGGGCGUGGCCGCCCUCAUGCAGGAGGGCGUGUACGCCAUGGUGGGGGGGCCGAACUUCGAAUCCAUCGCUGAGGCCAGAAUGCUGCAUCGACUGGGGGUGGACGCUGUCGGUAUGAGUACGGCUGCUGAGGUCGUCGUGGCGACUCACUGCGGUCUGAGAGUGUUCGGCCUCUCUCUGAUCACCAACAAGGUGGUGAAGAGUUACGAGGACUCGGACAGUGUGAACCACGAGGGCGUCCUGGAGGUCGGCCGGCUGCGCUCUCAAACUGUGCAGCAGCUGGUGAUCGAACUGAUCAGCAGGAUGGAGAUCAAUAACAACAACACCAAUAAUGCUGUCUGAACACACACACACACACACACACACACACACACACAUACUGUGUACAUAUUUGAUUGUUGUAUUUA